AUGCGUUGUUUCAGUUUAGCCACUCUUUUGGCCAUUGUAGCCCAUGUAGCAGCAGCAAGUAGUAGUACUGACGACUCCACCGCGUCUCCCUUUGGGUCUGACUACUUUGCAAGUGCCGUCCUGGCACUUAUUGCAGAACAGUCUAUAGCUCAGGACAGUACUACGGCGACAGCUGCUCAAGCAGAAACAAGUUCUACUAGUAGUCCAGAUGCUACCACACCUGAUGACACUACUUCCAGUAGUCCAACUGCAACUGCUGCUCAAAGAACAUCAUCUUCAGCAGAUGAUUUCUUUGACACUGAUUCUUCAACCAGCACACCUUCCACCGCUGAAGCAACUACCCCCGCAUCGAGUGAUUCAUCAUCGCCAGCUAAAUCAGUUGUUGCAUCCUCAGAGGCUGCCACCCCAACAGCUGAUGCUGAAACUUCCAGUUCUACAGCCACUAAUUCUCCAAAUUUGGUUAGUUCUGCUGGAUCGUCCGACGAUUCCACUACGAGUAGUCCAGUUGCUACUGAAGUUGCCGAGACUAGUUCAUCAUCUUCUGCUAGCUCUACAUCAUUAGUACAACCAUCUACCUCAAAUGUAGCUGACACUACUACUUCAGCUUCUUCUUCAGCUUCGCCAGUGGCCGAUGACGAGACUACUUCUUCAACUGAAGCUGCCAAGUCUGUCGCAUCGUCCUCUGACAGUGAAACCGAAGCCGCAGCUUCCUCAGCAGCUCCUACAACUGACAGUUCAUCAUCCGCAACCCCAACUGUUUCAGCAUCUCAGUCAUCGCUUGAUGGUACUGACACUACUGACUCGUCACAAACCACAGCUACAUCAGAAACUGGCUCACCCUCCGAAACUGCAAGCUCUGUUGCUCCAUUAGUUUCGGCUCCUGAUUCUUCCUCCGAGACUGGUACCGUUGCUGAAUCCUCCGCAACCCCAACUGCAACCCCAACUCCAACUCCAACUGUUACUCCAACAGUAAGCUCGGACUCUCCUACCGAGACUGGUUCUGAAUCAUCAGUUGCUCCAGUUAGUACUCCAAUUGCUGUUUCGGAUACUGCUUCUGAAACUGGGUCAUCAGUUGAAACCUCAGUUACUCCAACUGUUACUCCAACCGUUUCUCCAACCGUUACUUCGGACGUUGGCUCUGAAACAGGUUCUUCGGUAGUUACACCCGUUGUUACUCCUUCGGAUACAGGCUCUGAGACGGCAACUUCUGUAGAGUCCUCAGUUGUUCCAGUUAGUACACCAACUGUAUCUCCAUCAGUUACUUUGGCUACAUCUGAUACUUCAGUAGCUACUGAUUCUGCUGUUCCAACUUCUUCUGUUGCUUCAAUUCCAACUUCAGAAGUCUCAGCUGCUUCAGUUCCUACUACUGCUGCCACUUCAGAUGUGUCAGCUGCUUCAGCUGUUACUAGUGCUGCUACUUCAGAUGUGUCAGCUGCUACCACUGCUGCUACUUCAGAUGUUUCAGCUGCUUCAGCUGCCACUACUGCUGCUACUUCAGAUGUGUCAGCUGCUUCAGCUGCUACUACUGCUGCUACUUCAGAUGUGUCGGCUGCCUCAGCUGCUACUACUGCUGCCGCCUCUACUGAUUCCGCUGUUGCUGCUACUUCUGGUGCUGCUUCAACUGAUUCAAGUGCGGUUGCUGCCUCAGCUGCCGCAACCUCAGGAGCAGCUACUACCGCUGCCCCAGAAACCACUUCUUCAAUAGCUGCUGCAACAGAAACUGGAGCUGCUCCAUCGGCAACUUCGAACUGGUUACCAACUGGAUUAAUUAUCGCAGACACUAGUGCAACCGCUUCUACCACUGAUAGUGGUGAAUCUGGUAUUGUAGUUGCUACUACCACUGCCUCUGCUGGCCAGACUUCUGGUUUACCAAAGGCAAUUACCCCAGCCACCACUGCUUCUCCAGGAAGUAACUACCAGCUUGUUUACAUUGGUUUCAAGGCAGCUUUGAACUAUCCAUUCGUUGUUGAACACUCGUUAUCAUCAGCUCAAAUUUUCCAGUACUUACCAGGUGUUUUAACUUUCCCAUUCAGUGAUACUGACUCUUAUUCUGACGUUUCCGUCAAACAAUUGGUUCCAUCCACUGCUGAAGGUAUUUCUUACACCAUCACCGUUGCUGAAGUUUACUUCCCUGCUGAUUCAGUUGAUGCAUUAAGUCAAUUCAUUCAGACUAGUGAUUCUAAGUUGUACAGAAACACAGAUUCAACUGAAAGCAGUUUAGCUGCAUUGAUUGAUAGUAGAAUUCCAAUAACUGGAUUAUCAACAACUGAUAGUUCAUCAUCUGGAUCAUCAUCAUCACUGACAAACAACUACGGAUCUUUAGAUUCUUCUAAUUCUGUUAUAUCCAACAAGGGUGCAAUUGCCGGAAUCACAAUUGGAGCUGCUGCUGGUUGUGGACUUUACUUAACAUUGAUGGUCUUGUUGUUCAAGAGAUUCAAGAAGAAGGGUAUUGAAUUACCUCCUUCUGACACUGAAAGUGCCGUUGGCGCUGAAUCUCAUUCAGGAUUGUCUGAGCUUUUCAAUAGAAUUGAUAACUCUUCUGCUGAUAUUGGCGGCAAUGGACGGAGCGUACAGAUCUCGGACCCCGUGAAUGCAUCGAAUUCUCUAGGGUGGGCUAGAUAG